AUGGCGCCUUACGAAGCCCACGAAAUGCGUCGUGGCAAGUACGCGAGAAUCGAUGAGCCCGUCGACGAUGUCGAAACCCCGACGCGCUUCUCCUCCGAAUCCACCGGCACACUAGAAGAUCUCGAAGAACACGACCCACUCGCGUUCGAUAGCAAGAUCCGGCGCAAAAAGAGCGCUGGUGAUCUUAAGGUCCGGAAGGCGUCGUAUAGAGACUCCGAGUCUGCGACACCAUUCCCUACGCAGCAAAGGAAAGCGCGAUGCGCACCAGGGAGGUGCUGCUGCUGGCUGCUGGUGUUUGUCGCCGCCACCGUCUUGAUACUUGCGUCUGGAGGCAUAUGGGCAUACAAGGUCUCAGUGCCCGAAGAUGGACUGAGUCCGCCGUGGUAUCCUUCGCCAAAAGGUGGCACCGACAAGGCAUGGGAGGAUAGCUACAAGAGGGCUGCGGAACUGGUAAAGCAGAUGACGCUACCUGAGAAGGUCAACAUCACAACGGGAACUGGCUGGAGCAUGGAUCUCUGCGUCGGCCAGACCGGACGGGUAGACAGGUUGAAGUUUCCCAGUUUGUGUCUACAGGAUGGCCCACUGGGUAUUCGAUUCGCCGACAACAUCACCGCGUUCCCUGCCGGCAUUACUACCGGCGCAACAUGGUCCAAGGAACUCAUGUACCUACGCGGAAAGGCACACGGAAAAGAAGCACGACUCAAGGGCGUCAAUGUCCUGCUGGGUCCCGCCAUGGGGCCUCUUGGAAGAAUGCCAGCUGGUGGUCGGAAUUGGGAAGGUUUUGGAUCAGAUCCAGUUCUACAAGGCAUCGGAGCCGCGCAAACUAUCAAGGGUAUCCAGGAUGAGGGUGUCAUGGCUACCGCCAAGCAUUAUGUUGGCAACGAACAAGAGCACUUUAGGCAGGCAUGGGAAUGGGGCCUUCCGAACGCCAUCUCGAGUAACAUUGACGACCGCACACUGCACGAGAUCUACGCAUGGCCUUUCGCUGACUCUGUCAAAGCUGGGGUGACUAGUGUUAUGUGUUCGUACAACCAGGUCAACUCCAGCUACGCCUGUCAAAAUUCCAAGCUACUGAACGGAGUUUUGAAAGACGAGCUCGGUUUCCAGGGAUUUAUUCAGAGUGACUGGCUCGCGCAACGUUCAGGUGUGGCCAGCGCUCUUGCGGGCUUGGAUAUGACGAUGCCAGGAGAUGGCCUAAGAUGGGCCAAGGGCAACAGCUUGUGGGGUCCUGAGCUCACUCGAGCGGUCCUUAAUGGCAGCGUGCCCAUUGAUCGUGUCGACGAUAUGGUCACUCGCAUCGUGGCAUCAUGGUAUCAAGUCGGUCAGGACAAGUGGGAAAUCGACGGACCGAACUUUUCUUCCUGGACCAAUGAUCGGGUGGGCAAGCUUCAUGAGGGCAGCCCAUCGAACCACAAGAUGGGCGUUGUAAACCAGUACGUCAACGCGCAAGGAGAAGGAAAAGAGGCCCACAGCCACCUAGUACGUCGUGUCGCAGCCGAAGGCACUGUCUUGGUGAAGAACGAGGGCAAGAUGCUACCUCUGGACCGCAAGGGCUGGAAGACUGGCGGCAAAGCCAAGACAAAGUUCCGCGUUGGUGUCUUUGGCGAAGAUGCACGUCUUCCUCAUGAGGGAAUAAAUCACUGCUCUGAUCAAAGUUGCAACGAAGGAACACUAGCGUCUGGAUGGGGUUCUGGCGCGGUGAACUUUUCGUACCUUGUAGAGCCCAUGUCUGCUAUUCGAAACGCGUUCGACAACGAGACUGUAUACGUCACUGACUGGCUGGAGAACAAGCUUCCUGCUCAGAAGGAGAUCCUCGUAAAUCAGGAUCUCUGCAUUGUCUUCGCCAACUCCGACGCUGGCGAGGGCUACGAGCAUUACGGAAGCAUUCGUGGUGACAGGAAUGACCUUAACCUGCAAAAAGGCGGCGACAAGCUGAUUCAAGAUGUCGCUAAAGACUGCGGAGAAGGCAUGGGUGACGUCGUAGUUGUCAUCCACAAUGUUGGACCUGUCAUCCUGGAGAAUUUCAUCGACAUCAUGAACGUCAGAGCCGUCAUCAUUGCCAACCUACCCGGAACCGAGUCCGGUAACGCAAUCGUAGACGUGCUCUUUGGCGACGUCAAUCCAUCUGGGCGUUUACCCUACACCAUCGCCAAGAAGGAAGACGACUACGGUCCAGGCAGCAAGAUCAAGUAUCUUCCUAGCCCAUCCGACGGUUUGGCGCCUCAGCAGAACUUCUCAGAGGGUCUCUACAUCGACUACCGCCACUUCGACAAACAGAACAUCACCCCACGAUUCGAGUUUGGCUAUGGUCUUUCGUACACAGAUUUCAAGCUGUCUUCCCUCUUAAUCGAGGAAAAGGGCCCUAAAACACCUCUUCCCAAGCCGCGACCUGAUGGCUUGACACCACCAAGUUACUCUACAGACCUACCAGAUCCCAAGUCUGUGCUAUUUCCUGAAGGGUUCAAGCAGGUGGAGCGAUAUAUCUACCCAUGGCUAGACUCUACAAAAGGCAUCAAGCAGUCUGAGCCAAUGACUCCCGCAGCGCCAUCUCCCCUCAGCGAAGCAGGCGGUGGCCCAGGCGGUAACCCCGAUCUCUACACCACGCUCUUGACCGUAUCAGCAUCACUAGAGAACGCUGGACCCGUGGAUGGCUCAUCAGUAGUCCAACUAUACAUUGCUUUCCCACAAAACUACAAGGAUCAUGAGACAAGCGAGCCUGUUGACUUUCCCGUCCGUGUGCUGCGAGGGUUUGAGAAGAUCCAUCUAGAGAAGAAUGCAGGGAAGCUUGUGCAGUUCGAGGUGACGAGAAGAGAUUUGAGUUAUUGGGACGUCAAGAGGCAGAACUGGGUGCUUCCUAAUGGCGAGUUUGGUAUUGGUGUAGGGUUCUCAAGCAGAGACUUGCCGUUGGAAGGCAAGUGGUGA